AUGCAGAUUCCAUUACUUCGGCUACAAUGUGGCGUUAACAGCUACGACUGGGGCAAGCUUGGCCAGCAAUCCGCAGCAGCUCGCUAUGCCGCUACAACGGCUGCACCAGACUUUGCGGUUGAGUCUGAGACUCCAUAUGCAGAGCUAUGGAUGGGUACCCACCCCUCCUUGCCCUCGAAGGAUGUCGAGACCCAACGAUCCCUCCUUGAUCUAGUUCAAGAUAACCAGGCAUUGCUGUCUACGGAUGUUAGUGAGCGCUAUGAUGGCCGUCUCCCGUUCCUUUUCAAGGUGCUUUCCAUCGGCAAGGCGCUCAGCAUCCAGGCCCACCCAAACAAGAAGCUGGCAGAGCAACUUCACGCUCGGGAUCCAACCAACUAUCCUGACGACAAUCAUAAGCCUGAAAUGACCAUCGCCCUUACUCCAUUCGAAGGGCUAUGCGGUUUUCGUCCACUGGCCGAGAUCGUUCACUUCCUCCAAACAAUUGAGCCCCUUCGCAAGCUGGUUGGACUUCAAGCAGCUAGUGAAUUUGAACAGAUUGUCCAGGGCAACGAAAAUUCAGACGAUGAGCCUGUCGUAGAUCGGAAUAAGGCUGCGCUCCGUUCGGUGUUCACAUCACUAAUGGAGUCUACCCCCGAGAACAUUGAGUCUGCCUCCAAGGACCUGGUCAGAUUGGCAGAAAGCUCGCCUGCAAGCUUCGGCACUCUGCCAGGAGAGCCCGAGGCUGAUGCAGUCGACCCAACCGAGCUGGCUUCAAUCAUCAAACGUCUCAAUGACCAGUUCCCCAAUGAUAUCGGCCUGUUUGUGUUCUUCUUCCUCAACUUCAUCAAACUUGAGCCUGGAGAGGCUAUGUUCUUGAAAGCUGAUGACAUCCACGCCUAUGUAUCUGGCGACGUCAUUGAGUGCAUGGCCUCGUCCGACAAUGUUGUGCGCGCUGGCUUUACCCCCAAGUUUAAGGAUGUAGAAACCCUCACCACGAUGUUGACAUACUCGUACGCGCCCAUAGAGGAACAGAAGCUUCAGCCCGUGGAUUACCCAUACACUAUUCUCAACGCGACUGCAUACUCGAGCGCCUCAACUUCCCUCUUGUACGACCCUCCAAUUGAAGAGUUCAGCGUUGUUAAGACCGACUUGAAUCGGACCGGCGCCAAGGCGACUUUCGACCCGAUCGUUGGCCCAAGUAUCCUGAUCUGCACUCAGGGCAGUGGCAAGAUUACUGUCGGCCACAAGACUGAGGAGGUGAAGGAAGGUCAUGUGUUCUUUGUUGGUGCUGAUGCCGAGUGUGUGAUUGAGAGCACUGGCAGUCACGAGGAAGCCUUCACCACUUACAAGGCAUUCUGCGACUUGACUGGUAAGGAGGACAUGGUCAAUGGCCACUAG